UUUCCGGGCUGUAUGGCCAUGUUCCAGAAGCAUUCUCUCCUGAUGUUUCACCCACAUCUUUGGCAGGCAUCCUCAGAGGUUGUGAGAUCUGUUGGAAAGUAGGCAAGUGGGGUUUAUAUAUCUGUGGAAUGUCUGUUUGAGGCAUGUGUGAAUGUUGCAAUUGACCACCUUGAUUAGCAUUGAAUAGCCUUGCAGCUUCAGAGUUUGGCUGCUUCCUGCCUGGGGGAAUCCUUUGUUAGGAGAUGAUUAGCUGAUACACCUUCAGUCUCAAAUAUGCUAUGAGAUCUGUUUGUGUAGUUAUGAUUGUGAGAUUUUGUUUAAUAUGUGUUUCUGUAUAAUGCAUCAAUAAUUAGGACAAAAUGAUUUGGGAAAAAAUAAUUAUAUUAUGUAAGUCUUCUUGCCUUUGGCUUUUCUUAACAUCUCCGGCAUAUAGGAUUAAAUUGUAAUUAAUAAUGCAGGACUGUUCUGAUUUGUUAUCUAUUAACAUUCACAUAGUUUUCUUAGAAUUAAACUCUGGCAAGUGGUAGAGAAAUUCAGAUUUUUGUGAAGGUAGUAGGAGUUGCUAGGUUGCUGUGAGUUUUCCGGGCUGUAAGGUCAUGUUCCAGAAGCAUUUUCUCCGGACGUUUCGCCCACAUCUAUGGGAGGUAUCUUCAAAGGUUGUGAGGUGUUGGAAAGAACUCGUAAGAGUUGUUUCUCCCACCCUGAACAUAUAACUAAAUCCCACUUGCCUCGUUUCCAGCAGACCUCACAACCUCUGAGGAUGCUCGCCAUAGAUGUGGGCGAAAUGUCUGGAGAAAAUGCUUCUGGAACAUGGCCAUACAUCAGGAAAACCCACAGCAACCCAGUAAUUCCAGCCAUGAAAGCCUUUGACAACACGUAGUAGGAGUUGCUGAUGUUCAGAUCCUGCCGAUGUUGGUGAUGGAUUACUAAAUACGGAUUUUACUAACGCAAGACAACAUGAAUGGAUCAUCACUACUGCGACAAUUUCCUCUCUCCCAUUUUCUCAAAAAUAAUCGGAAGCCUUUGAAGAAUUUCUGUUGGAGGUCCAGCACUCUGCCUGUUUUCCCAUGUGGCCAGCAGGCUGACUUGCUUCCGUUGUGCCGUUCAAGGAGGAUCCUGCCUUUGAAGGGUCUGAAGACUGGGCCCUGUCACCCAGCAGCGUUAGAGCAGCAGGCUUGGGAGCUCUCCCACAAAGAGCAAAGACUGCUAGACAGACUGUACAAUGGACUCAUCCAAGGACACAGGGCCUGCUUGGCUGAAGCCAUUACUCUCAUAGAAUCCACCCAGAGCCGGAAGAAAGACAUUGCGCAGGUGCUCCUUCAGAAGGUACUAUCCUACCACAGAGAACAAGAGCAGUUAAAUAAAGGAAAACCACUAGCCUUUAGAGUGGGAUUGUCUGGCCCUCCUGGUGCUGGGAAAUCGACAUUUAUUGAAGGCUUUGGGAAAAUGCUCACCGAAAGAGGACAUAAGGUGUCUGUGUUGGCAGUGGACCCAUCUUCAAGCACUAGUGGUGGCUCUCUCUUGGGUGAUAAGACGCGAAUGACAGAGUUGUCAAGAGACAUGAAUGCUUACAUCAGGCCGUCUCCAACCAGAGGGACGCUAGGUGGGGUGACGCGGACCACGAAUGAGGCCAUUCUGUUGUGCGAAGCAGGAGGCUAUGACAUUGUUCUUGUCGAAACAGUAGGUGUGGGGCAGUCGGAGUUUGCUGUUGCCGAUAUGGUGGAUAUGUUUGUAUUGCUGCUGCCACCAGCAGGAGGUGACGAGUUGCAGGGUAUCAAACGAGGUAUAAUUGAGAUGGCAGAUCUCGUUGCAGUAACCAAAGCUGAUGGAGAUCUCGUGGUGCCAGCGCGGAGGAUUCAAGCCGAAUACGUCAGUGCUCUGAAAUUGCUCCGCAAACGUUCAAAGGUUUGGAGGCCAAAGGUCAUGCGGAUCUCUGCCAAAACUGGAGAAGGCAUCACUGACAUAUGGGAUAACAUGAUCGAAUUCCGAGAACUCAUGCUCACAAGCGGCGAGUUGCUCACCAAGCGAAAGAGGCAGCAGAAAGUGUGGAUGUGGAAUGUAAUCCAAGAAAGUAUGCUGUAUCAUUUCCGGAGUCACUCGGCCGUGAGAGAUCAGAUUCCCCUUCUGGAAGGAAAAGUUGUCAGUGGAAUUCUUUCUCCUGGACUGGCUGCAGACCUAUUGCUCAAAGCCUUUAAAGAAAAAUCCUAACACUUAUCUAAAUAUGUGCUAUGAUGAUGUAAAACAUAUGACCCUUAAAAAUAACUUUUUAAGUUA